AUGAAGCCGUGUUUCGUGGGACUGUCUGAUUGAAUUUCAAAUUUUUUGAUGGGAAACUUUAGAUGUAAAUGAGAAGAGAAGUCUAGGGGAAAAACAGAAAAUCGGAAGAUUAUUGAUUUUUCGUUGAAUUUCAGUCAGAGCCCAAUCAAUAUCUGUUGUCUUUCGUCCGGGCCUACGGACGGCGUUACAUUAUUCAUCCGGUGACUUUGUGAGUGUUUUUCUACUUAAGUUACCACUUAGAUGACGCUAGGAGUUUUCUGGGAAAAUUUAAGCUUUAGGCAGAUUUUCAGUAAGAAUUAUUGAAACGGAUCUUCUCAAGAGGACAUUUUUAACCAUGUGGUUUUUUUCAUAAUGCUGCCAAAGCCAUUUUCGAUAAAAUCGAUGAGAUUUAGAAAAAAUGAGGAUUUACCUUCAGACAUUGGUGACGUGAAACGUUUCUAGUGACCACUAUAGUAGCGUUAGCGCUCUUGAGUGAUCCCUAGAAUUGCUGGUAAAAGCCCGGUUUUUGUUACCGAGGUCCGAGAAGCCAUUGAAGACGAAUGUUCGCCAGAGCGCAUUUGCAUUUUGCAGCAAGAGCAACAAAAGUCUGACCGACUACAAAAUCGAUUACGUCCGGCUCGAUGAUUCACGGACGUUGGAGUACUCGGACGAGUUUCCUCCAGGUCCUUUUUUUCUCGGUUCCUAAAGGAGUUUGGUCAGAGUAAAGCAUAAGAUUUUAGAUUUUUAUGCGAUUUCGUAGAGCUUUUUCGAAUAUAAAAAACUGGAGAAUGUAGAAAGGCUUGUAUUUUUAUGGAAAAUCUUGUUUUGAACUUAGUGAAGGAUCGGUGUACACAAAGUUGCUUACCGUAAUCCGGUAUUCAAAAAUUACCUGACCAUUUUCUUAACAGAUCUAAUCAAAUCAGAAGCUUUCACGGCAGGAAAUCCCUUCUAGGACCGUAAUCCGAUAUUCAAAAAAAGAGAAAUUACUCUAACGAAAAAUGGGAGUGAACUCCCGAAAAAAAGUGAACUUUUCGUUGAUCUUUUUCGGUGCCCCCGUUGUCACCCCGAAAUAGCGUGCACCCCUGGGGCAACCGGUCAGAAAUAAGAAGCUGUUUUUGAGCUACCGUAACAGCCUAGGAUGAACCUGUAAAAAAUGGGGAUAUUAGGGAACAGUUCACUUCAUAAAUCGUGUACAAGAGUAAGUACCUUGAUAGGCAUUUGAAAACGGGGUAAAUCCCUGGUUACACUGCGGGGGGUGCACCGAGAGUUUGACGCGGGGUGCACCGAGAGUUUGACGCGGAGUGCACCGAGAGUUUGACUCAGGGUGCACCGAGAGUUUGACGCGGGGUGCACCGAGAGUUUGACGUAGGGGUGCACCGAGAGUUUGACGCAGGGCGCACCGAGAGUUUGACGCAGAGUGCACCGAGAGUUUGACGCGGAGUGCACCGAGAUUUUGACGCGGAGUGCACCGAGAUUUUGACGCAGGGUGCACCGAGAGUUUGACGCGGGGUGCACCGAGAGUUUGACGUGGGGUGCACCGAGAGUUUGACGUGGGGUGCACCGAGAGUUUGACGCAGGGCGCACCGAGAGUUUGACGCAGAGUGCACCGAGAGUUUGACGCGGGGUGCACCGAGAGUUUGACGUGGGGUGCACCGAGAGUUUGACGCAGGGCGCACCGAGAGUUUGACGCAGAGUGCACCGAGAGUUUGACGCGGAGUGCACCGAGAUUUUGACGCAGGGUGCACCGAGAGUUUGACUCAGGGUGCACCGAGAGUUUGACGUGGGGUGCACCGCAACUUUUGUUAGGAUCUCGGAUCUUGGUAACGCGCCCCGGACGUGUCGGAGCAUAUCUAGAGACCACUUUAGUAGCGUCAGCCCGCUUAAGUGAUCCCUAGAUGCUCAGUAACGUCCGGUUUUGGUUACCGGGGUCCGAGGACGAUCAAUUUUUAUCUCCCUAGAGCAACUUUGCUGCGAAAUGUGUUUCUUGUGGGACUUCAAACCUUACAAACACCUUUUUUCGAGUAUUUUGCCUUCAAAAGGGAUAUUCGAAGAAUUUCAAGUAGCUUUAUUCCAAGGAAAAGCUCUGCUAGGUGACAUUGAUCAGAUAAAUCUUAUGUUUUACUGGUCGUUCUUUGGAUAUCCCUUCGAAUUUCAGGCUGCUCAAGACAGUCAACAUUCAUGUCAAGUGACCGGCACGUUUGGUUCUUGUUCCGUUGCGAUUGGUACACUUAUAAGUGAGAUUUUUGGAAUACUAACUAAAAUUCGUGAAAAACAAAUGGACACGGACUUCGAAAACCUUUAGUAUUGAAGAAAAACAAACAUUUUAUGAAAAAAUCGGGGAAAACAGGACUUUUUUGAUUUGCCGCUCUAAUCAGCAAAUAAGGCACCAAGUGCGCUCUGCUGAUAAUGAUGAAAAGAAGCCGCGAUAUUUGAUAAUGGUCUCGGACCUAAUGAAAACGUUUCUGAGUAGUUCUAGGGAUCACUUAGGAGUGCUGACCCUACUAAAGUGGUCACUAGGAAUGCUCGGACACAUCCAAGGCGCGUCCGGUUCGCGAUAUCAAGGUCUGAGUCGGUAACGCAAACCAAACGCGCCCGGGACGCUUCUGAAAAGUUCUAGGGAUCACUUAAGAGAUCUUACUCUUCUAGAGUGGUCACUAGGAAUACUCCGAACACGUCCGAUUCGUGUCCGGUUCGCGUUACCAAGGUCCGAGUCGGUAACGCAAACCAAACGCGCCUGGGACGCUUCUGAGAAGUUCUAGGGAUCACUUAAGAGAUCUUACUCUUCUAGAGUGGUCACUAGGAAUACUCCGAACACGUCCGAUUCGUGUCCGGUUCGCGUUACCGAAGUCCGAAUCGGUUUUAAAGACUGAUUUUCACUCUUUAACGCCAAUGACUCUGCUUUUGAAAUGAAAAUAGCCGCGUAUAAGUUUCAAGUGUGCUCUACUGAUAAAUAAUCGAAGGAUGAAAGCCGCGGUUCUCACAACUCUGACAUGCGGCAAAGGCCGCCACAACUCUUCCUCAGACACGCUAUUUCGUCGUUAUCUAGCUGCGACGGAAAAGCGUAGGUCAGAGAAACAGCUGUGGCGGCCUUUAUGCGCCCCAUGACAGAGAAAUUCCGGCUGAAAAUUAGCUCUAUUUGAAACUGACAUGAAAAGCCUUUUUGACGCCUCCAAAUUUUCAGAGUCUACGAGCUUCGUACCUUUCUGUUGCUAUCAGAUGACGGAAAAAGGAUUUUGCGUACCAAUUUCACACUGAGUAAGCUAUCAAUUGAAGCUCUCUGA